AUGAGAGGAUACCGAGCAAUUAAGUACAUUUUAUUCAUCUUCUGCUACUUCUUCUGGGUUGUGAGUGCCAUCCUUAUAGCGGUGGGAACCUACGCCAAGAUCGCAAAAGAGAAAGAUGUAGUCGAUACCUUGACGGUGGAUCCAGCUCUGCUGUUGAUCAUCGUCGGCUCCGUAAUGUUCCUCAUCACGUUCCUGGGAUGUUUUGGCGCCCUCCGAAACGCCACCUGCCUGCUGAAAAUGUUUCUGGCGAUCCUAGUGAUCAUCUUUCUACUGCAGAUCGCAGCUGGAGUCAUGGGAUAUCUCUUCACUGACACGGUGAUGGAGAGAACAGAAAAGCUGAUGAUGAAGGCCAUCGUCCGCUACAGGGAGGACCGGGACCUGGAGAACGCUAUUGACUUCAUCCAGAAGAAGUUCCAGUGCUGUGGAGUUGAGAGCUACAAGGACUGGUCCCAGAACAUGUACUUUGAGUGUUCAGACACCAACCCUAGUCUAGAGGCUUGCGGGGUUGCCUUCUCCUGCUGCAUUCAUUUGCAGAACCAGACUGUGCUCAACACCAUGUGUGGUUAUGGGAUGCAGCAGGAGGAGGAGUCUCUGGCCCGUCAUGACAUCUUCACCACUGGCUGCCUCGAGAAGAUUGUGUCGUGGGCCAAGAACAACCUGCUGCUGGUGGCUGGUCUGACUGGUGGACUGCUGCUGCUCGAGGUCUGCAUGAUUUCGCUGGCUGCUGCUCAGAUCUCCUGGAUAAACAAAGUCCAACGACGACAGAAAGAAAAUGCAGCUGGGAUGAGAUCGGUGAGGAAGGACAGUUUCUGGUAUCCUGCUUUUGCAGACUUUGAUGAUGAGUAGAAUCUGCUGCUGAGAGGUUUAAAGAAGAUCAGAAAAUGUCUGACAAAUCUGAAUGUUUAUACAGUAGAGUGACACUGUGAAUUCAUAGGUUUAGAUCUGGAUCUGAUGUUCGUACAGUCAGUGAACAGGUUGAUGCCUUCCCCUAGGAGGCGCUGCUACCUCCAGUGCAAUCCUCUUUACAUCAUAUUUCUUCUUUAUAUAAAUAACUGAGUGAAUCUAAAAGUCUGUUCCACCAUUACUACAAGGCACUAAUCCAUCUUUCUGCUGCACACUGCUUAUCCAGCAUUUAGAAUUUGCAAUUUGUCGUAUUGUGCUUCAAUUAUUGCUAAUUUCUAAAUAGAUUUUAAAUUCAGAUUUGAUUUUCUGUGGCCAAUGGGACACAUUCUUGUUAUGUCUGUUGGGAAUGAUGGCUAUAUGUUUCAGAAAAGAAACCACAGGAGAACUGAGCCCCAUUUGUGCAGUUUAACAACAGCAAAAAUGUUGUCCUUACUAGUCCAAACAAUAUCAUUUACUGCAUCUCCAUGGGGAAAAUCAGCCUGUCUUUGUCAUAAAAGGGCCUGAUACCAUGUCCAGCUAUAUGCCAGUUCAUGACUGUAUUAGAUUUUUCAGCAGGAGCAUCAACCUUCUGGUGAUACCAUACGGAAAAGCACAUCAUUAAACAAUGCGAGUAACCUUUUAUCUAAAUGUGGAAACGUCCUUCCCUACUUAAUGUUAAAAAUGUGUAUUUCUACAUUGUGUAUACACAUGGAAAUAAAGGUUCAUGUUAUCCUU